AUGAAUUGGGAAAGAUGGGUAUAUGGUGUAUGUGGAAUAAGCACAUUAAUAUCCAUUGCUGUCUCAUUUGUGGGAAUAUGGUUACAAUUAAAGAAUUAUAGAAAACCAUUCGAACAGAGGCUAAUCGUGCGUAUACUUGCAUUGGUGCCAAUUUUUGCAAUAUCAUGCUAUUGCAUGCUUACAAAACCAUCCAUUGGACAUGUUAUAGAACCUAUACGAGAAAUCUACGAAGCUUUUGUUAUUUAUAUGUUUUAUAAACUACUUGUUUUGAUGCUCGGUGGUGAACGAAGAAUCAUUUUGAAUACAGUUAAUAAGCCGGCUAUCAAGUUGGGUAUUUUGGAAGUCAAUAUUUCCGACCCUAGACAUUUCCUCAUGAUUAAGAGAUGUAUAUUACAGUAUGUUUGGAUGAAACCGUUACUACUAUGUGGAAUAUUUAUUGGAACAAAGCUUGGAAUAUACGACGCCAAUGAUAUAUCAGUACAUAGUUUGUUUUUAUGGAUUGGAAUAUUUUAUAACCUGAGUGUUACUGUUUCAUUAUAUUCAAUUGCUUUAUUUUGGCGAUGCUUGUAUGAAGAAUUAGCGGUUUUCGACCCCUGGAGGAAAUUUCUAUGUGUUAAGUUAAUUAUUUUUGCAUCGUAUUGGCAGGGUAUUUUCAUUGGAAUAGGUAACUGGCUAACAGGCUCCAAUGGCGAGUUUGGUGGCCGUAUACAGAAUGCAUUAUUAUGUGUUGAGAUGUUAUUUUUUGCCAGGUUACACUGGGUUUCGUUCCCCUACACUGACUAUCUGAAGAUUCCGGAUGCUGCAAGGAUGCCCACGUUGAUGGCAAUGAAGGAUUGGAUUUCCAUUGGUGAUUUAGUUCAUGAUUUAAAGGUAAGUUUUGGAUAUGGUGUUCAUGACACUUACACAUUACGUAAUUUCGAUGCUAGGGAUGAGAGUACGGACAGUGGUACUUUCAAUCAAAAGGUUUACCAAGGGUUAAGGGUCCAAGGUGAUGGAAGAAGAUAUUGGCUUGAUGACGACCCUUCACAUUCAGUCAAUACCCCAUUGUAUGUCAGAGAUAUUGAAGAGUUGGGUUAUGGAUCACUCGAUGAGAGUGACGAUUUUGGCAAGGAUGAGAAACUGUACAGUUAUGUGAAGAGUCACUAUAUAAGUGAGGCUGAAAUCAAUUAUCCUGUUGUGUAUGAAUAUGAUAUGGUUGAUCACUCAACACGUAUACGAAAACUCCGAAAUUCUCUAAGAGACAACCAACAGAGGCGAGGAUGUGAGGGUGAGAUUUCCAUUUCAUGA